AGACUUGCAACAAUGAAUAACUCAAGUGUGGAUGCAAAGCUGAACGCAUUGAGCAAAAAGACCAUUGUCCCAUCGAGUGGGUAAUGGUGGUCCACAGGAAAUUCUCCCUGAAAGGAAGAUGUACGCAGUGGAAACAACUCGAGGACACUUUCAAAGUGGCACGCGACAACCAUAUAAAUACUGUUUCGGUGACCUUCAUCCUCUAUCUCUUGCCAACUGUACCUGCUACCACUGCGAACGCAUACACUUCCUCACAACAUUUUAAUCAAUUAUCUGCUGACCCAGAUGACCCAGUCCACCUCCCACCCCUCCUCAUCGUACGGUUUCAAGUUUUCCAGUGCAAUGCAGACGCAUGCUGCGGCUCCACCAUACGCGCCCGUCGGUCAAAAGCACUUCGCAGAAGACCUCGAAGACAGCGAGACCAAGCGAAUCAAAAUGGGCUCUGGCGACAUAAAUAACGACCCGUAUUUUAAACCUGUGUUAGAUCAAUAUGGUCAACAUGAUGGGACAUACGUGUGCUCUAAGGAUGGUAUGGUAGUCCGUCCUGGCAGUCACAUAUACGAUGUCAAGACAGCAAAACAUCUUUGUUGCGGGCUCGUGCUACUCCAAUGCCCUCUGUCUCCGGAAACUUGUACCCGACGUGGUGUCUGCAAGAGGCAUUGGGAUGACGGCUGUAGAAAGCUAGCAGCUGAGGGUACUCCCCCAUACUCAGCCACUUACCAAGGUUCCAUGGGUUCUGCUUCUGCUUCGUCUGUGGGUGUACCCACUGCGGCAUUCACGUUCAGUUUACCUACAACCGCCACGACGACGCCCGAUACCUCACCACCGGAGACUAUACUGACGGAGGCCACCGAACACGCCGAGUCUUGGGCGGCUAAUGAAGUACAGGACCUUGCUUUAGUGGCACCCGUGCUUCCCCCAUCUCGAGUACUAGAGAGUACAUUCGCAGAGGGCCAUGGAGACCUUGACUUUUGGAGGGGGAUUGAUGAUAUAGAGGACUUUGUGGAUCCUGUCCUUCCCAUCUCUGAGCCUCCGUCCUUUAUGUUACCAGCGACCAUGCUCGCAGUGGCCACCGAAGAACCAGGUGUUUGGAAUCUCUUUCAUGAGAUAGAGGACUUUGUGGAUCCUGUCCUUCCCAUCUCCGAGCCUUCGACCCCUCUGUUGCCAGAGACCAUGAUCGCAGAGGCCAUCGAAGACCCAGCUGUUUGGAAUCUCAUCAAUGAGAUAGAGGAGUCUGUGGAUCCCGAUCUUCCUCUGUGCGAGUCUUUCACAGAUGCCGCUGAAGACCCUGAUUUUUGCCGCUUUCCAAUCAGGACCCUUUUUAUAAGUUCUUGGCUAAAUAAUUCUUAGGGAGCGCUUUACACCAACGAUCCCCCUCUGAAUUAGAAUCUCUCUCCUGC